AUGAUUUGGUGGUGCGAGUUACAGUAUGAUCUUAGUGGGAGAGAUGUGUCAUGGAGUGGGUGCGGAUAUUGGGUCAUUGAACAGGUUGGGAUGGACCCUGAGUGGUUGGAUAUAAAAGAAGGAGUUGGAGAUGAAGUGGAAUUCAGAGUUAUAGCAGUAGUUGAGUUAUAUGAAAAUGGAGAAAGGUUGGUACCUGGGACAUAUUUCCAUCCUGAUAACAUAUCUUCUCCUGAGAAAAUGAAAAUUGAGCUUGCAAAAGUUAGAGAGGAAUUUAAAAUGUCAGAGUCAGACUAUGGAUCAGCUCGUGUUCAAGGUCUUCUAGCAAUGGUGCAAAAGAGGAAGAAGUUGUUGAAGUAUCUCCGGAGGACUGACUGGGAUUCUUACUGCCUUGGCAAAACUUUUAGAUAUUUUUUCGAGUCGGUUCGUUUAAGUAUAGAUGGCGUAUGGAUUCAAUCACAAUCCCUGCUCCUGAAUCAUGGAAGAAUGAUAGAAAAUUUGGAAAAGAUGUGUAGUGUUGUCGGCAAGAAUGCUCCUCAUAACAGCAUUUAUGUGCAUAGUGAGUGUACGUACUGCGUAACAGCGUUAAAUGCAUGA